AUGAGAUGUAGCAUAAGAUCAUGCAAAUACUAUCUUCACUUGGAGUGUUUCCAAUUGCCACCUCAGCUCUCAUCUCUUCCUCUCAUCCACCAACAUGAUCACAGCCUUGUCCUUCGAUCCGGUGACAUACUUAAACCAUGGCAGUGGCAACGCUGCAGCAUCUGCAAUAUCAAUACGAAUGGUCUGUAUUAUGCCUGUGUAAAAUGCAAAAUAUUCAAUGUAGAUAUAAAGUGCGCUUCUAUGCCAGACACUAUAUAUCACGCAGCUCACCCUUCACACCCACUCAACCUUCUCCCCUCGAGUCAAUAUUUCGAGUCAUGUGAUGCCUGUAAUGAUAGUCUCAUCUUGUUCGGUGGUAAAAGCUAUGCAUGCGGCACCUGUGAUUUCAUGGUGCACCUUCGCUGUGCGGGGCUGCCUGCAUCAACCACCAGCCGUAGAUGGGACAAACACCACCCGCUGCUUUUAACGCAUGACGCCACUCUAAACCGUCCAGGUGAUUUCUACUGCGAUCAGUGCGAGACGAAAAUGAAUCCAAAGAGUUGGAUGUAUCACUGCCGCGCGUGUGAUGUAUCCUUCCAUCCUAAAUGCUUUUCAACUACAUCCGGCCGGUUUAGAAACAUCAAGUUUGGUCAAAAAUAUGAGAUCGUCGGAGCUCACUGCCACGCGCUUACCUAUCAAAUUCUCACUACAAAACGCUAUUGCAACUUUUGUGGUGAGAAUAAACAUGAAGACCAUGGAUUUUUACUGUGCAUUAUGCAUGUUCUUCCUUUGUUUCAACCUCUGCGGUUAUAGAGGCAUUCAGCCCAUAGAUUGAAAAAGAAUAAGCUCAAUGUGUAUCUCUUUCUUCUUAUAUGCUUAUGUUUAAUU